UAACGCCCUGAGGGGUCCCUUGGAGGGUAAAGAAUACUCGAGGCUUAUUCUUUUUGGCUCUGAUGGUGACUUCAUCUUCGAAAACCAGAUCCAGCGGCCCGGUGCGCCGAUCACAGUCGCCGGGCGGCCGGUUCUGUAACUCCCCGGCGUUGUCGUCUUUUACGUCGGCGUUUGCUUCAUCCACUAGCUCAAACUUUUACUCGCAUUCUUCUACUUUCCAUUCCGUUGAUCACCGCGAUUUCGUCAUCCACCAUCAUCAACCUCGAUGCACCUCCCCUAGCCGUGUUAAUGUUUUUUCAUCUCCUUCUCUUACUUCUUCUGUCCGUUUUUUCGUCGAUAACCGUUCGAUUUCUCCGAAUCGGUCCGUUAUUGUUUCGAGGAAAAAUCGACCGGCGUCUAAUGUUAAGAGGAUCUGUAUGUGCUCUCCGACGACGCAUCCAGGAUCGUUCCGGUGUAGUCUUCACAAAAACGUCUCGAGUAGCGGCGGCCAUAGCCAAACGGUGUCGUUUCCUUCAAUCAGGUUAAAUAUGCGGAGAUCGGCUAUGGCCAACUCGCUCAUUCGAAUCGGCGGUGUGGAAGGAGAGUUGGUGAAGCGAGUAUUGACUACUUUGAUUCGGCCUUCUUCGCACCAGCAGAGGAGGAGAGCGGCAUUUAUACCUAGAUCAAGUCAGCUCACUGUCAUGUCCAAGGUUGACGAUGCUUGAAUUUACAGCACAAGAUACGGUGAUGCCUAAAACUUUAUGAUCUCAGCCUUGGGAUUCCGUGUGUGCCGUCAUCGUAGUCUGCUCCGAUGAUCGUGAUUUUCGUCCCCGUCGUUUCACGUGGUUCCGUUUAAUCCGUCCGGUUCAUUCGGGUGCCAGGUAUUUAUUUCU